CGCAGUUCUGAGCGCGCUGCUUGGCGAGGUGCGGUAGGUUUAGAGAAACAGCAGGUGCCUUUUCCUUGCUGUGUGUUGCCAAUUCGGCGCUCUGCGCCCUAGGCUGCGUCUCAUGGCGGAAGCGGCCACGUCUGGAGAUGUUGCAGCCACCGCACACCUUAGGGCUUCUGAUGACCAGACCACCUCGGGCUCAUCGGUUUCUUCCCAGUAUCCGGCAGUGAUCAAGCCGUUUCCGCCGCGUCUGCUCCGCCCGCCAUGGCAGGGGCAGAGCAGUGAUGUGGCGGAAGGGCCGAAAGAUGAUACGUCAGGUGAGCCGGAGGUCAGACAGGAUGUGCAGUACAUGAUCACUCACCCGGGGCUGUCCCUUCUCUCCUCACUCUCAGGUUCAUCCCAGAAGCACAACGGGAGCAACAAGGCGGAGUCCCCCACGGUUUGGAAGCCCUCCAAAAUGCCGAUCAUUCUGCCAGGGCUAUUGCCACGGACUGUCGAUGGGGUGGUGGGGGGCGGUGCAUCGGUGACGGGCACCGCGACAGGGGCGUCGCGUGACACUCGCGGCUUUGGGUUUCCCCCAGUGCCUCUCUCAGAGCAUGGAGGGCCCACAGGUGAGGAGGGACGACAGGCAAGAGAUGGCAUGGCCAGCGUUGUGACGGUGUGGUGUGGUGUAUCCGUUUUGCGUGUAGGUUCGAAGCGUCACGCGGCGACCCCUCCUGCGCUAGGGAACCUCACCCCCUCCCCGUCAGCAGCGGCCUCCUCGCCCGACACCAAUCGCAGCGCACCCCCCGGCAGGCCCCAGCAGCGUCACGCCAACAAGCUGGCCAGGAGCUCCAAGAUCUCCAUCUCGCCCAUGCCGGAGGUGGACAACAACAACCACCGCCAGCCAGCCGCCAGCGGCAUCAAACGCCCCCACACACAAGGCAGCGGCGACGCGGGCCGGUCUCAGAAGCGGCCGGCGGUCACCCCCCCACAGCCCAAACAGCCAGCACCCGUCAAGCAGACCGACGGCCAAGCGGCGAGUAGCCCGCAGCGGCCGCCCAGUGCCGUCCACGGGGCCACCAUGUCGCUGCUGCAGACCCUCAUGCAGGAGGAGGGCGCCACGCGGUCUCUGAUGGCCCAGCUAGACCAAGGCGGCCCGUUGACACCUUCACGUCAGGGCAAGGCUGACGACGGGCAGGCCAAGCGGUGGGAGCAGUGUGUGAGCUCGAUCAACACGAGGGCCGACUUCUUGUACCUGCUCAAGAGGAUCAAGAGGGACGACCCGCCCAUUCAUGCGUCGCUGGUCGAGUAUCUGCGGGACAAUGGCCAGGAGGUGCCGGCGGACACGGAGUGGGAGGAGGAAGGAAAUGCCGCACACCGAGAGUGACUAGCCCGCACCUCGGCGUAUAUCACAAGGUGAGCAGAGGGUGGGUGGCAUCUGGUGUGGGCUCUUCUUAUCAAGCUCCUUUUCGGUGUGGCGUGUCUGUUGUGUCAGGUUUUGCGUGGAAGCUCUGCUUCACCCUUGUGUUCAAGACAAGACAAGACAAGACACCUGUCUAUAUUCAUAAGUGUAGCAUAGCUAUUGUCAUCUAUCCGGCGGCCGGUCAGCGUACCGUAUGGCGAAAACGUCACACUGUC